UGGUGGAAUGUCAGUCUGGAGGUAAUCUUCACUCAAGAGGAGGAAAUAAGCCUGGCAAAAGUGGCUUCACAGGGUCACACCUGUUCUGCCACCGUGGCUGGUGGCAGAACAGGACUACAGCACUGGUUUCUGAGGAGUGUAUCCCACACAUCCCUGUGGAGCCCUCACUAGGUAUCCUAGAAAGUAAUCAGAGGAUGAGACCCCAGGGGUUGACCUGUCACAUGUGUGGGCUGUGUAGGGCUUUAUGUAGAACUUUACACGUGCUCCUACAGGGGUAAACCAAAUUACGAGAAUUCAAUAAGGUAUGGGGGCAACUCGAAAACUAAAAAAUAAGUCAAAACCCAGAGAAAAAAUGUAUGUUUAAACUACGCAAAGUUAAUGGCAAAAUGGACAAUCUGACCAUUUCCGCCUGGCUUCGGAGGCCCAAGAGCAGCCAGGCUCGUGGCCCUGCUCACUAGCUGUUGCCUAGUUGGCAACAGGUCCACCAACUUCCCUUUGCUCCAGAAUUCUGUCAGUGGGAGGCAACCCACUCUAUCCCCUUCGAGGACCUCCCCCUAUCGAAAGUACUCUGUCCUGAAGGUCUCAGGGAAACCAACACUGGAGCUGGCAGAAAGUCAGGUCUGGUUGGCAGCCAGAAAAAGGACUCAUCUGAGCCAUGGUGAGCUGUGGAAUCGGAAAGACCAUGCCACGGCCCUUAGUGCAGGACUCUUAAGCACCGUUUAUUAUGUCGCUGGGCCGCGACGCGCCGCCUGGUUUGAGGCCAGCGGCACCGCACGAUGUGCACGCGAGAUGGCAGGGCAGGGCCCCAGCCAGUGCUGACUCUGUGCAAGAGCUCCAGGGAUGGAGAGCAGUCGGCCUGGAGACAGCACAGGAGAUGGGCUGGCGAUGAAGAUUAAGCAGGAGAAGCCAGAGAGUCUGCUGCAGACGCUGGCGUUGGCGGGCCAGGCUGCGCUCCCCGAGAAGGACGAGGAGAACAUCUGCCAGCAGCAUCAGAGCUUCCCAUCAUGCCAGACCAUGGGGCGCCUGCGGGCUUUGGGGGUGCAGGAGGAGCCCGGGCGUCCAGGGUGGGCCCCUCCUCCUGAGUCCGAUGUAAAGCUGGCAGGUCGGGCCCCUGGGACAGGCGCAGGCCCUCUGAGCCGUGCACUUUCUGCGGGCGAGGGUCACUUUGUGUGCAUGGACUGCGGGAAGAGGUUCAGUUGGUGGUCGUCCCUGAAGAUCCACCAGCGCACCCACACUGGGGAGAAGCCCUACCUGUGCGGCAAGUGUGGCAAGAGGUUCAGCCAAAAACCCAACCUGGCCCGUCACCAGCGGCAUCACACGGGCGAGCGGCCUUUCUGCUGCCCCGAGUGCACACGGCGUUUCAGCCAGAAGCAGCACUUGCUUAAGCACCAGAAGACCCACUUGCGACCCACCACGCAUUCAUGUUCCGAGUGUGAGCGCUCUUUCCGCCACCAGGUGGGCCUGCGCAUCCACCAGCGUGCACACGCCCGGGACCGCCAGGGUGCGCGCACCCGCCUGCAGGAGGCGCUACGGGACCCAGCGGUGCGCAGGGCCUGUCGCCUGCGGCCGGGGUCAUCUCGAGGGCGUCCUGAGUGGGCCUGGCUAGGGUUGUGCCAGGGUUGGUGGGGCCAGCCUGAGGCCCAGAACUCAGUCCCAGGCCCCUCAGGGCCUGGCAGGGAGCAGCGCCAGUUCAUAUGCAGCGAGUGCGGCAAGAGCUUCUCGUGGUGGUCAUCGCUGAACAUCCACCAGCGCAUCCACACAGGGGAGCGGCCCUACGCCUGCCCCGAGUGUGGCCGCCGCUUCAGCCAGAAGCCCAACCUCACGCGGCACCUGCGCAACCACACCGGGGAGCGGCCACACCCUUGCCCGCACUGUGGCCGCGGCUUCCGCCAGAAGCAGCACCUGCUGAAGCAUCUGCGUACACACCUGCCUGGCCUGCAGGCGGCUCCAUGCUUCCGCUGUGGGCAGAGCUGCCCGAGCCGUGCUGCGCUGCGUGCCCACCAGCGCGUGCAUGCCUCGGAGCUGCUUCACCCUGGGCCCGCACUCCAGGACAGGAAGACACAUCCUGAGCCAACCAUUGAGGGUUCCGGGGACCUGGACUCUGUGCAGCUCUGCAGUCCCCAGGGGAUAGGGGAUGCUCUGUGGGGCCAGGCGGGGCCCAGCGAACAGCGCCAGUUCAUCUGCAAUGAGUGCGGCAAGAGCUUCUCAUGGUGGUCCGCACUCACCAUCCACCAGCGUAUCCAUACAGGCGAGCGGCCCUACGCCUGUCCUGAAUGUGGCCGCUGCUUCAGCCAGAAACCCAACCUAGUACGGCACCAGCGUAAUCACACAGGGGAGCGACCCUACCUGUGUGCUGCUUGCGGCCGCGGCUUCCGGCAGAAACAGCACCUGCUCCAGCGUGUCCACCGAGGAGCCUUGGCGCCCCGGCCUAGUGCCUGUCAGGAGAUGAAGGAGGAAGAGGUGCUGUAGGGUGCUUGUGCAGUAUGUAUGGGGCCUGGGAGGGCUGGCAUGCUGGCAUUUCCCCAGAGACCCACACAAAAGGCAGUUCCUCCAGACGCUGAAGCCUGAGAAGGGAAUUCCAGCAGCAUCCUGAGUGUGCCUCGAAAAGUGGCCAGGUUGUGCUGACACAGGAGGUGAGAGCUACACUCCCCUCAGACCUGGGCCCCACCGUGUGCUGUGCACCAUCAAAAGGUAGACCUUAGGCCCCUGGGGCUUUGGGUGAGGGGGCUGUCCUGGUCCCUGAGAGAGACUUCUGAUGUGAAACGGCCAGGAUUGGUGAGCUGCAUCUCCAGUCUGCCACACUCAGACUGCAGGGUAGCCUGGGGGCUGUCUGCGUGGGACAGUGGCCACAAGCUCCGGAAACCAGGUAUGAAGCAGAGGUGGUGGGUAGGGAGGGACAGGCAUAUUCCCAACACCAAGGAUGUUGUUCUUCUUUAAUGACUGUCCAAUAAAUAUUUCUGGAGAACUGAA